UCAGCCUCAUAUUACCAACCCUCACUCCCUUUAUCCGCGUAUAUAUAUAUAUACUCUGUAUAUUGCAAUCUCAAACAUUUCGCGAAUUUUCGUCUGUUCUAACACUAAAUUCAAUCCUCCAUCCUCGUACAGAAACCAGCUGACUCUGCGGCGCUCGAUAUUGUAAUCGAUCGCAUCGAUCCGUUAAGAAAUUAGAACUUGAAGUUGUAGACAUGUCUCCAGCAUCCAAAUCUAAGUCCACAGAUAAAAAGGCUGGCAAAGAAGCUCCAAAAAAUUCUCUGAAGCCUUUGGGUCAUGUUAACACCAGUAGUGGGACCCCAUCAAGUGGAUACAAUCCUGUUUUGAAAACAUUUCAUACAUUUGAAUCAGGUCCAGUGCCUUCGGCCAGUCCGCUUCAUGUUAAUGGUCGUUUCCGUAAUAUAGAUGACACAGAUGAUCAUAAUGGAAGUUCUUCGGGGACUGGUGUUGAGUAUGAUUCUAUUUCCAAUAAUGGCAGUUGGUCUGGCGACUCUGAAGACCAUAAAGAAAAGUCAUCUCAACAGCUUACACGCCAGGAUAUAAUACCUGGAGCUGACAAUGACAAAAGAGAGAAAAUACGGCAGAAGAAUGAGAAGAAGCAUCAGCGUCAAAAGGAGAGGCGAGCGCAAGAGUUGCAUGAACGGUGCUGUGGCUUUCUCAUGUCGAGGAAGCUGGAAGCACUAGCACAGCAGCUUGUAGCUAUGGGCUUCUCCGAAGAGCCGGCAACAAUGGCUCUUAUUGUGAAUGAAGGUAGGUUAGAGGAAUCAGUAUCAUGGCUUUUUGAAGGUGGUGAUGAAAAGAAAUUUAAAAACUAUACUAAUGGUAUACGUAGUUUGAAAAUUGACAUAUCAGAGGAGCUUGCUCGCGUUACUGAUAUGGAGAUUAGAUAUAAGGCUUCCAAACAACAGGUGGAAAGAGCUGUGGUAUGCUGUGAGGGUGAUAUUGACAGGGCUGAAAAAACAAUAAUGAUACUAAAGGAAGAUCCUCCUGCUGUUCCAUCUAAGCCUGAUGAAAAUGAUGAUCCUCCUACUGUAUCAAAUAGCGAGCCAGCAGUUGCGAUUAGUCAGAAUUCAUUAAGAAUACAACCGAAGUCUACAUCGGCUACCACUGUACAGCAGAAAAGGGAUGACAAAGAUUUCAACCAUACCAAAGUUCCAGCAACAGUGGGGUCCUCAGCGGAUCCUGCGGCCAAAAGCUUGCAGGUGCUGAAGAAAAUACCACCUAAAGCUGACUCGGCGAAACCACAGCAGAUUGCUGUGCUAGCAGAGAAAAGGUGGGUAAGUGCAGGAUCAGAUCCUUCUGCAUCAUUUUCCUUAGCAUCACAAUCUCUGCCUUCACCAACUCCAACCAAGAUGGAUGCCCGCUAUGCUGGUGUUGGAAAUGAUUUGAAGAGUUUGCAGCUUGGAUCAGUCAAAGAACCAGUUAUCGUCAUGCAGCGACCUCAAUCUAUUAAUACAAAGCAGGCUCCUAGUGCAGGUAGUAGCUCAUCUCCUCCUGGACCUAUGGAUAUGAGUUGGUAUCCUAGUUAUGUUGAACCAGUAAAGCCACAUGGAUUUGUGCCAUCUGUCACCGUGCCUAACAAUGUUAGCUUAAACCAGUUGUAUGGCCAACCUCAAUACCAGUCAUCACAGCAGCAAUUUAUGUCCAGUAAUGGCCCAAUGGAUUCUUCCGGAACUAAAAGAGUCAGCAGUGGUUUAUGGGUUCGAGGCGGAUCACCAGCACUUGCUGCCCCUUCUUCUCUAGGACUCUUCUCCAGCAAUGGUACCAGUGGCGCAUCAGGGACUUCAUCUCAGGUGGACUGGAGCACUGGCAGCUCAAUGUUGCAAUUUGAUUACACCAACGUAGACUGGAGCUUGGAUCGUGGGUCGGUGUUGCCAAAACCUGACAGUCUGUGGACUGGGGCAAACUACAAUCAGAAUAACAUUCAGCCUCAUGAUGCUUAUGGUGCGGUUCUGACGUCUAUUAGGAGGCCUGGUCUGUCAAAUGGGAAUGCUGCAGCAAUGGAUGGGCGAAGUCCUAACUACUCUACUGGUUAUUUGGAAUGGAUUUCGCCAUUUGAAGAGAAAGACCACCUCAGUUUACCCAGACAGGUUAUAUCCUCUCCUACACUGUAAGUGAAUGGCGACGUAUUUCAUGAAUAAAGAAAAGGGGCCAUGCGCUUGGUGUUGAUGUUGGUGCUUAAUGUGAAUUGACAUGACAAUCUUAAUCGGAAAAGCAUUACAGUUUCUUUGAUUCA